GUCACUUGCGCGGUCAUUCGCUAUGCGCCUGUUAGCUAGUAAAGAGGCGCAUGACUUUUUCCGUCGUUCUUUGGUAAUUGUGGCGCUGAUGUGGAGCCCUGUGGUGGCCAUCGUUAUGUCUCGGGAAUUAGGCAUCCUAUCAGCAGCGCUCACACGACAGGCUGUUAGAAGGCGGUGAAGUUUUAGAACAACCCAAGACACGGUUUGGUCGCACCCAAAAACUCCCAUGUACGUGAGGGUGAGAUCUCUGAGAUGUUUGACCAUGAAGCGAGUGCGCACAGAGCAGAUUCAGUUGGCAUUAACUUGCUAUCUAAAGCGUCGACACUACAUAGAUGUGGAAGGGUCCCUCAAGCAAGGAUUGCGUCUGAGCCAGACUGCUGAGGAAAUGGCAACUAAUCUGACUGUCCAAACCGAAUCAAGCUGUGUCAAUGCAGUGUCUACAAUCCCCUGCCAAGUUGAACCACAGCAGUAUGAAGUGCAGUUUGCUCGACUUCGGAAUUUCCUUUCAGAUGUUGACUCGCCCAGUAGCCGUGAAGUUACAAAGCUACUCUACCCUUUGUUUCUCUACCUUCACUUGGAGAUGAUACGGAACAGCCUUAAAAGUGCAGUGGACAGCUUUUACAGUCGCUUCCAUGGCAUGUUCUUGCAAAACCCAGGCCAGAGGGACAUUAUUGAGAACCUUCAGACCACCAUGACAAUACAGGACAUACACUCUAACUCUAAACUGAGAAUGCUGCUGGAUAAUAAGUAUGUUGUGCACCUUGAAGAGGAAAGCUACAAUUUUCUUCUCCGCUACCUCCAGAGUGAUAACAACACUGCUUUGUGCAAAGUUCUCACGCAGCACAUCCAACUUGAUGUACAACCAAUCAAAAGGACGGAAUACCAGAUAUAUGCAAGUUGUGGGUCUUUAUCACGAGGCGAGAACAGUCUUGACCCACCAGAUGUGCCAGCUCCUAUUUUACAGAACGAGGCAGCUCUUGAACAGCUACAGGAUUGUAUCAAACGAGUGAAAGAUGGUCCACCCUCUCUCACCACCAUUUGUUUCUAUGCUUUCUAUAACACAGAGCAACUCUUGAAUACAGCAGAAAUUUCUCCUGACAGUAAAUUUUUGUCUUGUGGGUUUGAUAACUCUUGUGUGAAAUUGUGGAGUCUCCAAUCAAAGAAGCUACAAGCCGAAGAACACAAAGUGGAUGUGUCCCAUAUACGACUAGCAUGUGAUUUUCUAGAGGAGGAGGCUGACCAUGAUCAAGCAAGGACCGAAGUGAAGAUACUUAGAGGGCAUUGUGGACCUGUUUACCGCACCCGUUUCCUUUCUGACAGCUGUGGACUAUUGUCCUGCUCUGAGGAUGCAUCCAUUCGUUAUUGGGAUCUUGCAAGCUUCACCAACACCGUUUUAUACCAAGGCCAUGCAUACCCUGUAUGGGACUUGGAUGUUAGCCCUUGCAACCUGUUUUUUGCCAGUGGUUCUCAUGAUCGAACUGCAAGGCUUUGGUCAUUUGAUAGAACAUACCCACUUAGGAUAUAUGCUGGGCACCUAGCAGAUGUGGAUUGUAUAAAGUUUCACCCCAAUUCAAAUUACCUUGCAACAGGAUCCUCAGAUAAAACCGUGCGGCUGUGGAGCACUCAGCAGGGUAGUUCUGUAAGACUUUUCACUGGACAUCGGGGUCCUGUAAUGGCUCUUGCUUUUUCACCUAAUGGGAAGUACCUUGCUUCUGCUGGUGAAGAUCAGCGCCUAAAAUUAUGGGAUUUGGCCUCCGGAACACUUUAUAAGGAAUUGCGAGGACAUUCAGACAAUAUUAACAGUCUCUCAUUCAGCCCAGAUAGCAGCUUGAUUGCCUCUGCAUCAAUGGAUAACUCUGUUCGAGUUUGGGAUAUCCGUAAUACUUAUUGCAAUACCCCAUCUGAUGGUUCUUCUAGCGAGCUAGUUGGUGUGUACACGGGACAGACCAGUAAUGUUUUAAGUGUUCAAUUUAUGGCCUAUAACCUACUUAUGGUGACUGGGAUUGCUUAAAAAAAAAAACAGUAAUGUAUGCUAUUUAUGUUUAGUAGUGAUCAUGUAUCAGUAAGGAAUUCUGAGGAUAGAUAUAAAAGCAGUUUAAUUUUCCACUGCAAAGAUUUUUUUUAUUUUUUUUGUAAACUUUCACUUGUAAAAGCAGAUGUUAAAAAUGCACUGCACCUACUAUAGAGUUAAAAUAUCCAUUCCUUUAUUUUUUUUUAAAUGUAAAUAAAAAUUACUACAUCUUCAGCAU